AUGGCCGACGCAGAACCGCCGCCACUGCCCACCACGCCCGAGGCGCCCUCGUUCUCGGCCUUUUUCCCGCCUCCGUACCGGGUGCUGCUGCUCGUAUCCAUCGGGCUGAUCCUGUCCGCCUCCAACUUUGACCUUCUCGGGCGCCGCGGCAUCGAUCUAUGGUCGCUCGUCCGCACUCACGACCCUGCUGGCCACGGCAUCCGCGCCGACGAUAGCCUGCUGCAGCCGGACCUCGACGAACCGCGUAGGGGCAAGGAGGACGUGCUUUUGCCCACCUCCCGGACCGAGGCACUCGCACUCGCACGACCCGCCUCUGGCCCCAGCUCUGGCUCCCAUCAGAACCAUCACGCCGCCCCUCAUCACCACCACCUCCACCACCCUCCUGCUUCGGCGGUCGUGGGGCAGCGCAGCGCCCUGCCCUUCUACCUGGCGGGCGUCUGUGGGCUCGCCUGGUCGCUGCUGGGCUGGUUCAGCUACCGAUACUACGUCGACCACCUCGACGGCGACCCCAAGGGCCGGCAUGCGCAGGCGCUCCAGGGCAUCGCGGUCAUGGGCGCGUUUGGCGCGCUGCUGUGGCCGGGCAACGUCCUCAACCGAGCCGGCCGCAAGGCGUUUGGCCGCUCGGUCCGCCGCAUCCUCUCGCCUUCGCUGUCGCAGGCUGUCACGUUUGGCGAUGUGCUGCUGGCCGACGUGCUGACGUCGUUUGCCAAGGUGCUCGGCGACGUCUGGCUCACGGCGUGCUUCCUGGUGCCGCGCGCCGAGCACCACACCUGGUGGAACGGCAAGGGCUCGGUCGUCGUGCCCGUCCUCAUCUCGCUGCCAUACAUGAUCCGCCUGCGCCAGUGCGUGUCCGAGUACAUGGUGGCCAACGCCGCCGCGCCGCCCCGCUCCGCCCGGCCCCUCACCGGCGGCAGAGCCGAGGCGACCAACAAGAAACCGCUGUGGAAUGCCGCCAAGUAUGCAUCGGCGUUUCCCGUCAUCUGGCUCAGCGCGUGGUACGACGCCGACAAGGUCAGCGGGUCGAGCGGAGAGUGGAAUGCCACUUUUAACUUCUGGCUGCUCGCGGUGUUCGUCAACAGCCUCUACUCGUUCUGGUGGGACGUGACCAACGACUGGGGCCUCUCGGUGCUGUCGUGGUCGACGUUGAUAUCUGCCGGCAACUCGAUCGAGGUGGGCAGCGGCGGCGGCGAGGGAGGUGCCAUCAAGGGCCACGCCAAGUCGAUGCACAAGCGGGGCGUCAGCAGCUUCUCGUUUCUGCAGCACCACGGCCACCGCAGGGGCGACGGCGCCGAGGCCAUGCCGCUGCGGGCGCUCGAGGCGGUCGAAUCGGGCGAGUCGUCAUCGUCGGCGCAGUCUCCGCACCUGCUGCAUCCCUCGUCGUCGUCAUCGUCGUCGUCGUCAUCGUCGUCGGCAUCGACCGCAGCGCGACAGCACCAGCGGCAACCGUCGUUGCUGGAAAAGGUGCUACGCCCGAUGCCGACUACGGCCAGUGGGGCGCCUUCGCUCCUCUUCGAUCCGACCACGUACCAGGCUGCGAUCCUGGUGGACCUGGUGCUGCGCUUCUUCUGGUCGCUCAAGCUGUCGUCGCACCUGCACCACGUCGUCGAGUGGCAGGGCGGCGUGUUUGUCAUGGAGGCCCUCGAGAUUGCGCGGCGCUGGAUCUGGGUCUUUUUCCGCGUCGAGUGGGAGACGGUCAAGCGUAGCCGGAUGGGCGUCGGUGCGGUGCGCCAGGAUUGA